CAUCAUUCAUCAGUGUGCUAUACAAUUACUCUCCUCUUCAAACUCAAAACACAACACAAUUAUGCUUUCUCUCAAACUUCUUCUUAUUUCCUCUGCCGUUAUUUUCACGGCUUUAGGAUUAAAAUCUUCUCUUCCAUCAGCCACCACUAACCUCACUCUCCUAUGGAACUUCUUCCUCAUGUGUUUCACUCCUCCAUACCUCUUCAUCACUGUCAACACCAUCAUCAUCUCCAUCGUUGCUUCCUCCAGAUUUCACCACUCUCACACUCAACCCAACCAUCCAAUUGUGGACCCCACUCCUCCUCCUCCUGUUUUUGUCGUCGACACCAUCCUUGUUAACAAUUCACCACCUGAUCCCAAAACAGAAGAAGAAGAUAUUAAACAAAUAGACCUCGGAAUUUUGCAACCACCGCCAAAAGAAGAAGAAGAAGAGACCAAACAAAUUGACGUUGGAAUUUUUCCACUGAAGAGGAUGGACUCGCCGGUUGAUAAACCUCUCCUUUCUACUAGGUUCACUCACCGGAAACCUCUUAAAUUCGGUCCAGAAGGUGGGAAGUCGUUGAAGGUGGUGAAACAAAAACGGCACGAGACGUUAGAAAACACGUGGAAGACAAUAACGGAGGGUCGGUCAAUUCCGUUAAGUAGACACAUGAAGAAGUGUGACACGUGGCAAAACCGUUAUGAUGAUGACCCACAUCAACAAGAAGAUUCUUCCACCGUCAGUGUAAACGAUUUCAACUUCAACAACAAGACAUGGAAGCUGAGAAAAGAACCAUCGUUGAGUCAAGACGAGUUGAAUAAACGCGUUGAAGCUUUCAUACGUAAGUUCAACCAGCAAAUGAGGUUGCAAAGACAAGAAUCCUUAAACCAUUACAUGCAUAUGAUUAACCAUGAUGCUAGUUAAGUUAAUCAUGCAUAGUUUAGGUACAUAUAUAUUUACAACAGAAACAAAAUUGUGUAAAAAAAUUAACAGUAUAGUGUGCUGGAUAGUAUAUUUACAUCAUAUUAGGCAUUUUUUAUUAUUUUUUUGUUGUGCUUGUAAGUUAAGGUUGGAUUAUUGUCUUUUACCAAAAAUAAGAUGGGACUGUUGUCAUAGCUAUAUGUUUUUUUUUUUUCCUAUGGUGCACGUGUGAUAAACGUGGACCAAGUUCCUGCAUGUAUUUUGAGAAACUUAGGAUCAUCGUGUUAGUCUCUAAUUAACUGAAUCAAUGGAAGAAUGUGAUGAUUCUAUUUUAUUCA